GCAACUUUAGUCGAUCGAAGCCUUUAACAAGUCUCUGGUUGUUAUCCCCCAACCGUCUUCUAUUAUUUCCCUCCCGCCGUCUUUCACGACGUGUGACGCUCGUGCAGCCCCUGCUGGUGCUCAGCGCAGCUUUCCAGCCUCCCAUUAAAUAUUAGGGCCAUGUUUUCCAUGUUUCUCGUCACCUUUCUCUCCGCUAUUAUCCUGCUAUGUCUAUUUUCACCUGUAGUCAGAAGGUCUAUCAUGGCUGGUGACGACCUCCUUGAUGCCCACGAGUCAGGUUUAGCUCUCGUCGCGUCCCGUAAUCCAUUCAAGGAAUCAGGACCUCCAGCGUGCAUGGCCAAACUUAUCAUGUUGAGGCAUAAAAUUCAGACGGGUACACGCAAACGUAGAUCCCCGACGCUCUCACGCCAAUCACGAAAUAUCGCACUCAUCCAACCCACUCGCCCGCGCGCAUCCUGGGUUCGUUUUGGAAGAAAUUUUGGACAUCAAUAUCACUAAAUUACAAGCAUCUUCAAUCAUUUCACACUUCUAAUGUCUGGGCCGAGUCUCGUAGAGCCUUAUCGCCCGUUAUUUAUAUCUCCGCGAUACCCAUCUUAGAUAUCUACCUUGUUCAUCUUUUUCUGGGUGUACAUGCCUCUCUUCGCCUUCCAUCCACACUUUUGCUUUGUCAACAUACGUGUUCUUUGUUGCAUCUUUACUUUGCAGUGAUGUUAUUACAGGUGGAAAAUAAAUGUACAGAAUAGACCUUUGGCGGAACAACAAUGGUGAUGGCAUAGGAUUGAACAUGAAU